GAUCAGAAAGGCUAUCGACGGGGGAGCUUCCAGAGCAGCACUAGUGAUGAAGAUAUGCUGGAAAUAGCAGGAGCAUCUCUGGACUUCUCCAUGGCAGAUGAUGACCCGCCACUCGACAGGGAGAUGGGAGGUAAUACUCACUUUUCCUCGUAUAAUGGAGGAGGGAUGAAUGGCACAAGCACAAUGAUGGAUUUCCUGGAGGAGCCUCUUCCUGGUGUGGGGACCUACGAAGACUUUAACACUAUCGACUGGGUGCGAGAGAAGUCCAGGGACCGGGACAGGCACAGAGAGAUCACCAGCAGGAGUAAAGAGUCCACGUGGGCCCUGAUCCACAGCGUGAGCGACGCCUUUUCUGGCUGGUUGUUGAUGCUCCUCAUCGGGUUGUUGGCAGGUUCCCUAGCGGGUCUGAUAGACAUUUCUGCUCACUGGAUGACAGAUCUGAAGGAAGGAGUGUGUCUAGCAGGCUUCUGGUUUAACCAUGAGCACUGCUGCUGGAAAUCCAACACGACCUUCACGGACAGAGACCAGUGUCCUGAGUGGAUGAGCUGGUCCCAGCUGAUCCUGGGCCAUGGAGAGGGGGCCUUUGCAUACAUUCUCAACUACUUCAUGUACGUCAUCUGGGCCUUGUUGUUCUCCCUGCUUGCUGUGUUGCUUGUGAAGGGGUUUGCUCCUUACGCCUGUGGCUCAGGAAUCCCAGAGAUCAAAACUAUCUUAAGUGGUUUCAUCAUUAGAGGCUACCUGGGCAAGUGGACGUUGAUCAUCAAAACCAUCACCUUAGUGUUGGCCGUGUCCUCUGGGCUGAGCCUGGGCAAAGAGGGGCCCCUGGUGCACGUUGCCUGCUGCUGUGGGAACAUCUUGUGCCACCUCUUCACCAAGUACAGGAAGAACGAAGCGAAGCGCAGAGAGGUUUUAUCAGCAGCUGCAGCUGCUGGUGUGUCUGUAGCUUUCGGCGCCCCGAUCGGAGGAGUGCUCUUUAGUCUGGAAGAGGUCAGUUACUACUUUCCUCUCAAGACGCUGUGGCGCUCCUUCUUCGCCGCUCUGGUCGCUGCCUUCACCCUGCGUUCCAUCAACCCUUUUGGGAACAGCCGCCUGGUGCUCUUCUACGUGGAGUUCCACACACCAUGGCACCUUCUGGAGCUCCUGCCAUUCAUCCUCUUGGGAAUAUUCGGUGGGCUCUGGGGAGCCUUCUUCAUCCGCAGCAACAUCGCCUGGUGCAGGCGACGCAAGACGACCAGGCUUGGGAAGUACCCGGUGCUGGAGGUGUUGGUGGUGACCGCCCUGACGGCCGUGCUGGCCUUCCCCAACGAGUACACCAGGAUGAGCACCAGUGAGCUGAUCUCUGAGCUCUUCAAUGACUGUGGGAUUUUGGACUCGUCCAAACUCUGCGAGUACGUGAACGAUUUCAACAGCACCAAAGGGGACGACCUGCCAGACCGGGCUGCGGGCCCAGGGGUCUACACUGCCGUGUGGCAGCUGGCGUUGGCCCUUGUCAUGAAAGUCUUCAUCACCAUCUUCACCUUUGGCAUGAAGGUGCCCUCAGGUCUCUUCAUCCCCAGCAUGGCAGUGGGGGCCAUCACUGGCCGGCUGCUUGGGGUGGCUGUGGAGCAACUGGCCUAUUACCACCACGACUGGGCCAUCUUCAGUGGCUGGUGCAGCCAAGGAGCAGACUGCAUCACCCCUGGCCUCUAUGCCAUGGUCGGGGCUGCAGCCUGUCUAGGUGGGGUGACCCGAAUGACCGUGUCCCUGGUGGUCAUUAUGUUUGAGCUCACUGGUGGGCUGGAAUACAUCGUUCCCCUGAUGGCAGCAGCCAUGACCAGCAAGUGGGUGGCUGAUGCCAUCGGCAGAGAAGGCAUUUAUGAUGCCCACAUCCGACUCAAUGGGUACCCCUUCCUGGAGGCCAAGGAGGAGUUCUCACACAAGACCCUGGCCAUGGACGUGAUGAGGCCGCGGAGGAGUGACCCCCCUCUGACCGUCAUCACGCAGGACAGCAUGACUGUGGAAGAUGUUGAAACCAUCAUCAAUGACACCACCUACAGUGGCUACCCCGUGGUGGUGUCACGGGAGUCCCAGAGGCUCGUUGGGUUCGUCCUGAGGAGGGACCUCAUCAUUUCAAUUGAAAAUGCCCGGAAGAAGCAGGAUGGGAUUGUGAGCACCUCAAUUAUUUAUUUCACUGACCACUCUCCUCCGCUGCCUCCAAGCUCCCCCUCCAUGCUGAAACUCAGGAGCAUCCUGGACCUCAGUCCCUUCACAGUGACAGACCAAACACCCAUGGAAAUUGUCAUUGAUAUAUUCCGCAAGCUGGGCCUGCGCCAGUGCCUGGUGACCCACAACGGGAAGCUGCUCGGGAUCAUCACCAAAAAGGAUGUAUUGAAGCACAUUGCACAGCUGGCCAACCAGGACCCAGAUUCUAUCCUCUUCAACUGAAGGCAGCCCAGGAGGUUCUGUGAGUUCAGCACAAAAGAAACUUUAUAGACAAUACUGGAUAUACUUCCCUAUUUUUAUUGAGACCUUGGAACUGUUUUCAGUGUUUC